AUGGUUUCUUCCAAGUGGCUGCGUGACAGCAUUUUCUCAGCAGACAACUUCUGCUGGCGGCAGAGCCAACUUGCUAUGCCAACUCAGUACUCCAUUCCCACCAGCAAGUGGAACCGCUACGAGCAGUUGCGAAGAAAGUGGAAAGUGGAGAAUAAGCGGGACUUUGCGCGCUUGGUUCCAGGCGAUGUGCGAACUUAUAACUACUCCGAGGAAGUUUCCUACCUGGAGAUGUAUGCCUCAUCUCUUUAUUGCAUUACGAAGAAAAAAGGCGGCUGGGAUUGCUUGAGGCAUUAUGAAAUUUUGCUAGCAGGCUGCGUGCCCUACUUCCUUGACAUCCGCAACAUCCCUGGCCGGAGCAUGGUCCAUUUCCCACACCACUUGAUUCAGUUGCUCAUGCGGCUGCCAGGGUUGCCAAGUGAGGAUGCUCUUGCUGACCAGCUUAGCCAUGAUGCAAAUAUCAUGAUCGACCAUGAAGUUUUUCCAAAGGGCGAGUAUGAAAGCUUGCGGUCUGCCAUGCUCUCUUUUGUUGAGAGUCACAUGCUCAGUGCCAAACGGGCAUCUGAUCUGCGCUUGGCCCACCAUCGCGUUUUCCUGCACUCCGCCGCAACCGUUGAAAAGCCUGUAGACUAUCUGAGAGAGCUCCUCAUGGUCGGCCUGUUGGAAAAUGGACAUCAAGUGCUGACCACUUUCAAUGCAAGCUACAUUUUCGAGGAUUUCAACGUGUCUAGAUUGGACAUGCCGUGGGGCGCAUCGUAUGGCCGUGGUUUCCUGUAUGAGCGGGGGUUGCCGGCAUCGAAGAGGCAGCUUCUAACUCACUGGUUUCCAGGGCAUCCACCUCCCGAAGAGCCGUUCUCAUACAUCAAGACCACUUACAACAACAAGCCUUACCCAGCUGAAACAUUCUUCAAUAAGACGGUCGAUGUAUUCAUUGAUGGGAAUGACAUUUGGGGUGCGCAUCCUGAGCCAGACAACGCUGCAUCUUGGUACCGUCGAGAGCUCUCUGACUGCCACGACUUCAUCCAGCCAGCGCGCUCUUUGCUAGGCAUCUUGAACUCAGGUGCACUGUGGACUUGCGAGGCAGCUCCGGGAAGCCACUUGUGUCCGAACUUGCACGACGCCGUUCGUGUUUGGCAGUAUGGCUUACAGAUGACCAUUGCCUUAGAGAUUCAGACCCGAGGGUCCAGGAGUGAGGGCAUCUCAGAGCUUUUGCUCGACAUCGAGGAUUACCUGCAGACACCAGACUUUUUCCCUGACUUCGUGGAGAAGUUUCUGAUCUUGGCCACAAACUCCAGGCAGUUGAUGGAGCUUUACCGUGGGCUCACAGAACAAGUGACUUAA